CGACUGCUGGAUAGAGAAGAUAAUGGCCUGUGCCAGUAGACAUUUCUACGGCUUCUUCUUCUCAUCUUUCUCGCCCAGAUUCUUGUUUCAUAGCGUCCAUUAACCACCAUCUCUUCUUUUCAGCUGCUCUCUCUACUUGUUCCUUUGUUUCCCAUCAUCUUCACUCAUUGGUGGUGACUGGUUGUUUCAGUGUCGAACUGGAAAAAAGUUGGCUUAUUUGAGACCCAGAAAGAGUCAAACUAUAAGCACCCACCACAUGCUUGAUCUUUGGCUUCAUAUAUGAUUUUCAGGAAUUCAAGGGCCUUCUAGUAAACGAGAUUUGCUUUUAGAUUCUCUCUGCCUUCUGGUUGUUGUUUCUGUUUGAUGGCUAAAUUAUAGGAAUCUUUGCCUGGUUGUUUUUUUCCAUUUCGCCAUCUGGGUUUUGGUUGGUAACCAACGGGAUAAAAUGAAAACUCCGUUUUGGAAUUGGGAGCUCGAAUCUAGUGGAUUCUUUGAUUCCUGCUUUGUGGAUGUCUUGGGACUUUCUUAUCUUCUCCCUCAUUCCUGGGUAUUGUUGCAUUCUGAUUGCGAAGCUAGUUGGGCGGAUAAGACAGCAUCUUCUUUUCAAUCUACUUGUUUGUUCUGAAUUUUGGGUCUUCAAGUUUGAAUUGUUUCCAUGUUAGGUCUGGCUAGAAAGUUUCUGUAGAUUUGACAGUGGGAGACUUCAUUUGAAAUUAGAAUGAAGUCGAACCUAGUUAAAUCCGGAACUGUUUGAACUUUUCUGGACCCUGUUGUGAAUGAGUCUUCUCCUCAUAAUUGGAUUUGGCUUGAAAAUUGGACACUUGCUGUUGAUGCUAUGUUGCUGGCUCGUGUCUGUAAUUUCCUUGAAUUUGUGCAUUAAUGGUGGAUUCAUGGACAGCAAGAAAUGUCUGAAUUUGUGGGAGAAGAUCUCAGGGAACAGUUGCAGGAUUCACCAAGACUACUACCAGUAUAUUGGAUUUGGGCCUAAGAGAGUGAGGAAAACAUGGUGGAAGAAGCUUUUGGUGACAUGGAUAGGCUUUGGGAUUAUGGUUUCUUUCUGGGUUUUCUCGUACAUGAGCUCUCAGGCCAUGGAGAGGAGGAAGGAGACUCUGGCAAGCAUGUGCGAUGAGAGAGCUCGGAUGUUGCAGGAUCAGUUCAAUGUCAGCAUGAAUCAUAUCCAGGCCUUGUCCAUUUUGAUUUCAACUUUCCACCAUGGAAAGAACCCUUCUGCUAUUGAUCAGAGGACUUUUGCUCAGUACACAGAAAGAACUGCUUUUGAAAGGCCUCUAACAAGUGGCGUGGCAUAUGCUGUGAGGGUGCUGCACUUUGAGAGGGAACAAUUUGAGAAGCAACAAGGAUGGAAAAUUAAGAGGAUGGAUACCCUCGAGCAAACACCUGUCCACAAGGAUGACUAUAACCCAGAAGUUCUUGAGCCAUCUCCGAUACAGGACGAGUAUGCCCCUGUUAUAUUUGCACAGGAUACUAUUUCACAUGUAAUUUCCAUCGAUAUGCUGUCAGGCAAGGAAGAUCGAGAGAAUGUGCUACGUGCAAGAGCAUCAGGAAAGGGGGUUCUCACGGCUCCUUUUAGGCUACUCAAAUCAAAUCGCCUUGGAGUCAUAUUGACUUUUGCUGUCUACAACAGGGAUCUUCCCUCUGAUUCAACACCAAAUGAGAGGAUUCAAGCAACUGAUGGGUACCUUGGUGGAGUAUUUGAUAUUGAAUCACUUGUGGAGAAGUUACUUCAACAACUUGCAAGCAAACAAACCAUCCUUGUAGAUGUGUAUGAUACUACCAACUCCUCACACCCUAUCAGCAUGUAUGACUCAAAUGUGUCAGAUAAUGGAUUACAGCAUUUUAGCAUGCUUAACUUCGGGGAUCCGUUUAGGAAACAUGAGAUGCGCUGCAGAUUCAAACAAAAACCACCCUGGCCAUGGUUAGCGAUAACAACUUCUGUUGGCAUCAUUGUAAUUGUUUUGCUUAUUGGGCAUAUAUUCCAUGCAACAAUGAAUCGGAUAGCAAAAGUUGAGGAUGAUUACGAUAAGAUGAUGGAACUCAAGAGACGCGCAGAAGCAGCAGAUGUUGCAAAGUCACAGUUCCUUGCUACUGUGUCUCAUGAGAUCAGAACCCCAAUGAAUGGUGUUCUGGGGAUGUUGCAUAUGCUUAUGGGCACUGAUCUGGAUGUAACUCAACAAGACUAUGUCAGAACAGCGCAGGCCAGUGGAAAAGCACUUGUUUCGCUUAUAAAUGAGGUUUUGGACCAAGCAAAGAUUGAAUCUGGUAAACUUGAGCUUGAGGAAUUGCAAUUUGAUCUGCGGGCAAUUUUGGAUGAUGUACUGUCACUUUUUUCUGGAAAGACUCAAGAGAAAGGAGUGGAGCUUGCAGUUUACAUCUCCAAUAAGGUUCCUGAGAUGCUAAUUGGUGAUCCCGGUAGAUUUCGACAAAUCAUCACAAAUCUCAUCGGAAAUUCAAUUAAAUUCACUGAAAAAGGUCACAUUUUUGUGACAGUCCACCUUGUUGAGGAGGUGUUGGAGUCCAUAGAAGUUGAGACAGAAUCAUCUUCCAAGAACACCUUGAGUGGGUUCCCUGUGGCAGAUAGACGCCAAAGUUGGGAACGAUUUAGAACUUUCAGUCAAAAUGGACCUGCUUCUCAUCUCUCGUCAUCAUCCUCUGACCUCAUCAAUGUAAUUGUCACAGUGGAGGACACAGGUAUGGGUAUUCCUUUGGAAGCCCAAUCUCGUGUAUUCACUCCCUUCAUGCAGGUGGGCCCUUCAAUCUCCAGAAUACAUGGGGGCACAGGGAUUGGGCUGAGCAUAAGCAAGUGUCUGGUUGGUCUAAUGAAUGGAGAAAUUGGUUUCGCUAGCUCACUUAAGGUUGGGUCCACCUUUACCUUUACUGCUGUAUUCACCAAUGGCUGUUCAAACACCAAUGAGCUUAACAACAAGCCAAUGAAUACCCAAUCCAAUUCCGUUUCUUCAGAAUUUCAGAGCAUGACGGCUUUAGUUGUGGACCCCAGACUGGUCCGGGCAAAGGUGUCUGAAUAUCACAUCCAGAGGCUUGGGAUUCAGGUUGAAACGGUUCCUGAUUUUAAUCUGGUUUUCUCAAGUGCAGGAAAUAGGAAUACAGUUAUUGAUAUGGUCUUUAUAGAAGAGGAAAUUUGGUACAAGGACUUGGGCCAAUCAACUGUCUUUGUUAAUAAGUUCAGAAAAUUUGGUCAUGGUGUGCCUCCAAAAUUAUUUCUUUUCUCCAACUGUAUCAACUCUACCAAAAGUACUUUUGCAACUUCUGAUGUGUGUACUCCAGUUGUCAUCAUGAAGCCCCUUAGGGCGAGUAUGUUGGCUGCAUCUCUCCAACGAGCCAUGGGUGUUGGGAACAAAGGGAAUUUCCGCAGUGGAGAGCUCACUAGUCUUUCUCUUUGCAGUUUGCUUUUGGGAAGAAAAAUUUUAGUUGUAGAUGACAACAAUGUAAACCUUAGAGUAGCUGCUGGUGCCCUGAAGAAAUACGGAGCUGAUGUGGUCUGUGCAGACAGCGGAAAGAAGGCAAUCUCAUUGCUAAAGCCACCGCACAAGUUUGAUGCCUGCUUUAUGGAUAUUCAGAUGCCAGAAGUGGAUGGGUUUCAAGCUACUGCAUGUAUUCGAGACAUGGAAUACAACUUCAGCAGUUGCAUUCCACGUGGAGAGCAAUCUGUGGAAGCCUACAGUAACGGUUCCAAUUGGCAUGUGCCAAUUCUUGCUAUGACUGCAGAUGUAAUUCAGGCUACACACGAGGAAUGCCUAAGGCGUGGAAUGGAUGGAUAUGUUUCAAAACCUUUUGAAGCCGAACAACUUUAUCGGGAAGUUUCCCGCUUUUUCUAUACUGGAUUGGGUCCGAGCUCUUGCAGAGGGCCUGCUGGUGAUCAAUGACUUAUUGUGCAUGUUUUGCACACUCUAAAAUGCUGAAAUAGGUUGCCCUUUUUACCAACCUUGUUUAUCAUUGUCCCGCAGCAUUAUAGGAAGAUUUUUCAGUUCAACCAGCUUAAGGGCACAACAAUGAAUCAAUCUUCUUCACUUGGUUAUGCUUCUACUUGCCAGCAGGUCAGAGUCCCUUUCGCCCUUGACUCGUCGAUAUCACCAUCCUGGCAUCGAGGUUGUUCUGGACUUCGGUGCAUCACAAACUGAAAACUGCUAUUAUUCCAAGAGUUGAUGCGUUUUUGGCUGUCUCAAUCAAGCUCAGGAAGAUCUGCAUUUACAGAGAUAGGUUUAGCUUCUUGUUAGUAUUUAGUAACAGGAGUGGAUUGUGUAUAUUGUAGAUUGAAUAAAAACGAACGGCAUGCACUCACAGUAGCAGCCAAUACUUGUCAUUGGUUUUGUACUGGACAAUACAAAAGGCUUGCUCAACCCAACUGAUGUAAUUAUCACACAGAAUCAAAUUAAGCAAAUUUCACA